UUAAUGUCAGAUCUUCUUUCUCUAGAUUAGCAGCACCUGCGACCUGUUUUAUUCCCUUUAUUCCAACAACUUCCACAUCCUAGAAUUAUCUGUGGGAUUUGCACCAGAAUGGUGGAUUAUUUCCCAGCUCUUUUUAUUAAUUCAGGAAGAUGUUACCAUCGUGCUCUUUGGGUUUUAUGAUUCUGGUGGUGGCUUUGAAGACGCUGGGUGGUAACUCAGAGAAAGAAGGCGCCUACAAGAAAGUGGGUGACAAAGUCGUCCUCACACCAGGCUCUGUGCCUGCUUCCAUCACCAGGAUCAAGUGGACACAUGAUCAAGAUGUUGCUCUGGAGUGGACCAGACAACAACGUUUCACCUCCUGGCACUUCCGAGAUGGCUGUGAGGUGGAUACCUCCACUGGGGUCCUGACGAUCUCAAACCUGGCUCUAAACGACAGCGGCAGCUACACGGCGGAGAUUAAUGAUGAAGUCAUGAGCACAACGGAAAUCAUUGUUAUCACCACUGUCCCUAAUCCUACUGUGUCCACAUGGUGCCACCCUGAGAUGACCUACUGUACUCUCACUUGUGAACCCAACGUGACAGACGACGCCAAACCGAUCACCUAUUACUGGAUGAUAGGUGACAUGGUGAAACAGUCUCCAACCAGUCAGUUCAACAUCACACAGGCAAACAGAGAGCGUUUGAUAAGCUGUCAGCUGGAAAACCCAGUCAGCUAUGGAUACAGUGAAAAAAUCCUGAAUCCACUCUUAAUCAGGAAUCGGGCUUUACUGAGUUUACCAUUUGUAUGGAUUCUGGUGUUCCCGUUUGGCCUUAUUUGUUGUAAAUGCUGUUGUUGUACCCGCAGGACCCGAAGACACCGCUCCUCCACUGCUACCAACACUGUGAGAUAGAGCAGUGCUGGAUCAAACUGUGAUGAGGAUGAAGAAGAGUUGGUGUUGCAUAAACCACUGGAGAAAAGUCUGCUUUAACUAAUCCUGGAAAUACAGGAAGAGAAUAAUACGGAGGCUUCGGAGGACAAACAAACCCAAAACAAAACAAAUAUAUGUGUAUAUAUUAU